CAUUUUAUUCUAGGAAUAUAAUGUUUAAUCUUUUAAAUUUAAUGAAUACAGCAGUGAAAAAAAGAGAUCAUGUUUUCAAACAGAGCUAAACCACAUAUAAAAAACCAGGAGAAUGUGCCAGACUGUCUUAUGAUCAAGUAUUUAUAGUAAAGCUAUUAAUGGAAUGGUCACUACAGGGGAGUGGAGAUCCUAAAUAUAAAUGAAAAUUCUGAUGUGCUAAUACUUAACAGUGAAAACUUCAGUGCUGUCCUAAAGGCUAUAACAAAAGGUAAAAAGUCUCUGUAAACCUGUCUGCGUUUCACAUGGAUAAUUACAUCAGUGAUGAAGACAUAGACGAUGACUUUGACAGCCAGCUCAUCAUUCAACAGAGUUUACAGGAUAUUCACAGGCCAGAAACUACACAGCUGUCACCUGGGGAUGAGAGCUUUUUGAGCGUGCACUGUAAGAAGAUAGUUGAAACAAUAAAGACAGGUAAGGAAGAUGUAUUGUCAGAGUUGACCAAGUACCAUUCUGCUUUUGAAGAAGCAGAUGAAAUAGGCUGGCUUCCUCUCCAUAAGGCUGCAGUGCAAUUAAAUAAGAACAUUUUGGGAAUAACCCUGAAAGCUUCAAAACCCAGUGUGUGGGAGCAAACUACCCACAAUGGUGAAACGCCACUUUUUUUGGCUGUCAGCAAUUGCCUCUUAGAAAAUGUCAGUUUUCUUCUUCUCAAUGGCUGCGAUCCAAAUGCCAAGAAUGUUGAAGGCAAUUCUCCUCUUCUUACAGCUGUUCUACAGGACUCCUACCAUAUGGCCGCCUUGCUGAUCAGCCAUGGAGCAGAUGUCAACCUGCAGUGUGCCAAUAAGAGGACAGCUCUCCAUGAAGCAGCCAAACUGGGCAGACGGGACAUAGUGAGGCUCCUGCUGGCUUCUGGGGCACACCCUGACCCACAGAGCUCCUACGGCUUCACUCCUCUUGCUCUUGCUGCCCAAAGUGGGCACACUAAAAUCAUGGAACUAUUACUGCAGAAAGGAGCUAAUGCUCUUGGUCAGGCCUCUGAUUCUUCUUCCAUCUUACUUGAAGCUGCUAGUGGAGGAAAUCCAGACUCUGUGAGUCUCUUGCUAGAGUAUGGAGCUGAUGCCAACAUCCCUAAGAAUUCAGGCCACCUGCCCAUUCAUGUGGCAGCUGACAGAGGCCACUUGUUAGCUCUGAAGAUUUUGGUUCCAGUUACGGAUUUUGCUGCCAUUAAGCAGAGUGGCAUCAGUCCAGUUCACUGUGCAGCAGCAGGAGCACACCCCAAAUGCCUGGAACUCCUCAUCCAAGCUGGAUUUGAUGUAAAUUUCAUGCUAGAUCAGAGAAUUCGCAAACACUAUGAUGACCACAGGAAGUCAGCUUUGUAUUUUGCUGUAUCAAAUGCUGACCUCUCUUCAGUGAAGCUGCUUCUGAGUGCUGGAGCUCUGCCUAAUCAAGACCCUGUUAACUGCCUCCAGAUAGCCCUAAGGAUGGGAAACUAUGAGCUGAUAAGUCUGCUGCUACGGCACGGGGCCAACGUUAAUUACUUCUGCAGAGUCAACCCUUUACAUUUCCCGUCAGCACUGCAAUACGCGCUGAAAGAUGAAGUCAUGCUCAGGAUGCUGUUGAACUAUGGGUAUGACACAGAGCGAUGCUUUGAUUGUCUUCAUGGAGACAAAGUUCAUCCUCUCUACACUUUUGAAGGCUGGACAUCUACAGUUAUCAAAGAUACUAUGUUCUGUGAAGUAAUAACUUUGUCAUGGCUGCAACAUCUCUCUGGAAAGGUUGUUCGAGUGAUGCUUGAUUAUGUUGAUCAAGUUAGGAUCUGCUCAAAGUUGAAAGCUGUGCUCCAAAAACAGGGGCUCUGGUCGGAAAUCCAUUUUAUCUUAACAAACCCUCGCUCCCUGAAACAUUUGUGCCGCCUCAAGAUCCGGAAGUGUAUGGGACGUUUACAUUUGCGCUGCCCCAUCUUCAUUUCAUUUCUUCCGUUACCCAAUCGUCUAAAGGCAUAUGUCCUUUACAAAGAAUAUGACCUUUAUGAACAAGGAAUUUUCACAGGAACCUGGUAA